AAUAAGUAUCCAUUCCCUAUAGAAAAAAUACUGAACAAACUCCAAAAUACCGACACGCAAAAAAAGGAUUUAGAGAAGUUAUUCAAAAAAAAAGGAAGCCGGCAAAUCAUCCCCAUGGAGGAACACGUCGUCUUCACAAUCAUCAAAAUUAUUGUCGCCGGUCUGGAACAUGACCUCAGCUCGGUGAAGAUGACGGCCCCGAGCGACACCUGGCAUGGAGGGAGGAGGAGCAGAGAGCACAGACACGGCAGCUCCUCCUUCAGAUAGCACAGCUCAAGGAGGAGAUAGCCAGACUGCAAGCUGCUAACAACGGCAGCAGCGUGGUGACGGUGGACACCCCCUGCGGCGCCCUCAUCCAGCACCAGGUGUCGCAGUCGGAGAUAACGCAGGGCAUCCCGCUGAACAAUGAAUACGAGGUCAUCUCCUUCUCCCACUUCACCUGGUCGCGCGUGUACCCUGCGGAGCUCGGGCUGGGGAAGCGGGUGGUCGAGAAGCCCAUUGGCUUCCGUCGCCGAGACAUUCUGGCUUCGCUCACCACGGCGCUCGAGCACCUCAAUGGGCCCGUGGCUGCUAGGUUCACCGUCGACGACUUCGUGGAGGGGAUGUACCGCACCGUCCCCACCAGCGGCACACAGUACGAGCUGCUCUUCCACGACCGCCACGCCAACCGCUCGUCUCAUCAGUACAGAACAGUCACCCUAAUGAGGCCAUUUGCUCCCCUCACGGUCGUUGCCAGGGAACAGCAGACGACCAAACAGCUGAUCAACAUCGUCUUGCCUCUCUCCGGACGAACCGAGACCUUCCGUGGCUUUAUGGACAAGCUCGUCACCAUUAUCUUAAGACAUGAUCGCAGAGUCUUCCUUACCGUCGUUUACUUUGGCCACGAAGGACUACAGGAGGUCCGGAACAUCAUCACGAACGCGUCCAAAGAAGCCAAGUUUCGACACAUUAAGUUGCUCACCCUCAACGAAACAUUUUCUAGGGGAAAAGCACUUCAGGUGGGAGCAACACACUGGUCCAAGGGCGACGUUCUCCUCUUCAUGUGCGACGUGGACAUCGUAUUCAGCACGAGGUUCCUGGAGCGAUGCCGCCUGAACGCCUCUCCUGGCCACUCGGUGUAUUACCCUGUUGUGUUUUCCUUGUACAACCCGCAGAUGGUCUACCCACUCCAGGGGAAACCUGUGCCUCAGGAACUGGACCAACUCGUCAUUUCAAGAGACACAGGAUUCUGGCGUGACUUCGGCUACGGGAUGACCUGCCAGUACAGGUCAGACUUCCUCAACGUCCAGGGCUUCGACGAGGAUAUCAUAGGAUGGGGAGGAGAGGAUGUACUGCUCUACCGCAAAUACGUCAAAUCAAGGCUCUCCGUGAUCCGCUCCACCGACCCGGGGAUCUUCCACCUGUGGCACCCGAAGGAGUGUUCCACGUCCCUCUCAGCUGAUCAGUACCGUGCCUGUAUCACUUCACGUGCUUUGAACGAGGCCUCCCACGCCCACCUCGGCCUCAUUGCCUUCAAGGACGACCUCGGGAAGCACCCUCUCGGCGCCGAUGCACUCACCGGCAGCCAGGCUCUUGAGGAACAGCAACUCAAGGCUGAGAUGUAGUCG